GACAACUUUAAGCCCGCAAACAAGGAAGUAACUUAUUUGUUCCUGUUUGUUGCGUUGAGAGCAGCAGUGUUUUGUUAUUCCAGCAGUUUUUUUUGGGUGGUUUAAAGAAAGAAGAGAAAAUGAAGAACAAAAUUGUGUUAGGACUCUGGUUCUGUGUGCUGUUUGUGAAUUUUCUGGUUUCGUCCGCUGAAUCUUCGAACGACAGUUCUGCGAGCACUUCUGGCCUGGAUCCUACUGCAACUCCUGGAGUAACUUCAGAGCGUUGUGAGGCAGUGCCGGAGACGGGUCCAUGCCGAGCCUAUUUUGUUCGCUGGUACUAUGACAUCCAGACAAACAGGUGUGAAAAUUUUACCUAUGGUGGCUGUAAAGGCAACAUGAACAACUACAAAACUGAGGAAGACUGCAAGUCUACAUGUUCAACAGUUAAAGUGCAGGCUCGGAAAGCGCCAAAGAAUUCCAUGGACUCAACACAGUACAAAGAGUACUGUGAGGUGGCCCCAGAACCUGGUCACUGCCGCGCAGCCUUCUUCAUGUUCUAUCAUGACUCAAAGACUGGGACCUGCAAGGAGUUCAUCUAUGGUGGAUGUGGUGGAAACAACAAUCGCUACAGCACCAUGGUGGAGUGUGAGACUCGCUGCAGCAAUGCAGAUUCCUCUGCACAUGGACAUGAGAAAACCCGAAACCGCUGGACUGUAGCCCUCUUCCUCUUUGUUACCCUCGCUGGCCUCUCCGCCUUGCUGCUGGUGGUCCUCAUCAUCAUCAGCCUGCGACGUCACCGACUCACUCGACAUCCAUCGACCAUGAGUGACAAGGAGGAGUUGCUUCCAGAAGAGAAGUCUCCAUCGACCCGUAAGAGUCCAAAUGGGACACAUGCCUGAAGUGAGGUCCUGGCAAAAUAUGAGGCCUGCCGAAGUUUUCGGACAGGGAAUAAAAGGGAAAUUACACCAUAACUGUUUUGCAUUUUUAAACAUGUUAUUUCUGGGGCUUUUUCCAUGUUUUCAGCUCAGGGUAUGACAUAACUACACAUGUUGCAUUAUAGGAAACCCGAGUUAUCUAUGAAAUCAGUCAAAAUUAACAGUUUGUAACAGUGUGUCGAUAGCAAUACAAAUAAUUAUAGUCAAGGGGUUGAUUAUUGUGUGUCUAAGCUGUUAAAAAGGCUAAAUCUCUCACUUUACUAUAAACACAAGAAGUGUGUAUCUUUAGUUAUAUAAAUGGUUGCUGACUAAAUUAAUGUUAAACUUAAUUAUUAAACUUAUUAUUUGUUGUUAUAUCAAUGUAUGAUUAUUUGGUUCUGUUUUAUAAAACUUUUUUUAAUCAUU